UCUAAAACGACGUCGUUUAGUGACCCAACUUCCGCAGAGAAAAACCCCGAACCCUAAAAUCGAAUUGGAUCGAUCAUUUUGUAUUUGCACAAACGGAGGAGAAACAUGGUUGUAAGGCUCCGAUUAUCGAGACUAGGAUGCAAAAAUCGACCAUUUUUCCGGGUAAUGGCAGCUGAUAGCAGAUCCCCCAGAGACGGGAAACACAUCGAGGUCCUCGGUUACUUCAAUCCUCUCCCAGGGCAGGACGGUGGUAAGAGAAUGGGUCUCAAGUUUGACCGAAUCAAGUACUGGUUAUCUGUUGGUGCUCAGGCAUCAGACCCGGUUCAACGUCUCCUUUUCAGAUCCGGUUUACUUCCUCCUCCUCCAAUGGUGGCUAUGGGACGUAAAGGUGGAGAGAGAGACACUCGCCCUGUUGAUCCAAUGACAGGUCGCUAUGUGGAUGCAGAGAAAACACCAGCCAUUAGCGACAACAAGCCUAAGGAAGAAGACGACAGCCCAUGAUUUUCAUUAGACUAAGGAAGAAGACAAGAGGAGCCCAUGAGUUAGCCUUUGUCGUUGUAGCUUAUCUAAGUUCAGUAUGUGUAAUGCACAUUCCUAGUUGAUCUUGGCUUAUUUCCUUUGUAAAACUUCCCUAUGUUUGGGAAUAAACGGCAAUGUGUUUAGUAGCUUUUGGCGAACCGGCACGCAUUUUGCAUUUGGGAAUUGAAUUUCUACCAUUUUUGUUGACGUAUAUUUUUAAAUCAUAAUAAUAUGUAUAUAUCUUUCUCAAA